CAACCUAAUAUUUUACCAAAUAAUAUGGAAGAAAAACCUUUUAUUACAUCUAUUCAGGAUAGAUUUCUUGAUAAUAGUCAUGAAGAGGUUAUUUAUAAUAUUGAUUGGAAUAUACCAAAACAAAACGAAAUAACUAAUAAUUCUAUCGAUGAUCUAAAGUGUGUUUCAUCAAACGACAAAUAUUCUGGUAUGGAUUUAAUCAAUGAUUCUUUAAAUAGUGAUCAACAUAUUGAUAUUUAUGAUGAAUUAUUGAAACGAAAAGAAAAUGAAUUGUUUGGAGCAAAACAUCCAAAAAAUACAUCAACAAAGAGUGUUUCCAAACAGAUAUAUUAUGAUCCAAUAAAUAACCAAAUAGAUUUAUAUCAUAAAUGGCUAGAUAGACAUAGAGAUAUGUGCAACCAAUGGAAUAAUAAAGAGGAUAUUUUGAACAAAUUGAAUGAAGAAUGGGAAAAAGAGAACAAUAUAAAUUACCAUAUCAUAUAUAAUACCUCUAAUUAUAUUAUCAAUAAUAUUAAUAAUAAAUCCAAUUUGUCAAAUGCAAACGUUUCUAUGGAAAUAAAUAUGAACCAGUUUAAUGUUACUAACACUGAUGUUCUUAAUGCGAAUAUAUCAUGA